AUGGCCCCUAGCGCUGUCGUUGACGACUUCUCUAGCCACGAUGGCCAAGCCCUCGAGGUUCUCUCUGACAAGAUCGACGAUGUCAACGUGAUCAAGUACGACGAGACAUCCAAGUUCGACAAGGAGAAGGACAAGAACACCUUCCGCCAAUACGCCGAUGCCACCGACCGCGUCAAGAACUUCUACCGCGAGCAGCACCACAAGCAGACCGUCGCCUACAACCUCGCUGCCCGCAACCGCUUCUACAACGCCUCUCGUCCUCGUGCCGAGAUGACCAUUUGGGAGGCCAUGGAGAAGCUCAACACUCUUGUUGAUGAGUCUGACCCUGAUACUUCCCUCUCUCAGAUCCAGCAUCUUCUUCAGUCUGCUGAGGCUAUUCGCCGCGAUGGCAAGCCUCGUUGGAUGCAGUUGACUGGUCUCAUCCACGACCUUGGCAAGCUUAUGCUCUUCUUCCCCGAGCUUGAGACUCAGGGUCAGUGGGACGUUGUCGGCGACACAUUCCCCGUUGGCUGUGCUUUCUCCGACAAGAUCAUCUACCCCGAGACCUUUGUCGAGGGUAACCCCGAUGCUACCAACCCCGACUUCAACACCAAGUACGGUAUCUACUCUCCCAACUGCGGUCUCGACAAUGUCAUGCUCUCAUGGGGCCACGACGAGUACCUCUACCAUGUCGUCAAGGACCAGUCCACUCUCCCUGACGAGGCUCUCGCCAUGAUCCGCUACCACUCCUUCUACCCCUGGCACCGCGAGGGAGCUUACCGCCACCUCAUGUGCGACAAGGAUCAUGAGAUGCUCAAGGCUGUCAAUGCCUUCAACCCCUAUGACUUGUACUCCAAGAGCGACGGUGUGCCCGAUGCUGAGAAGCUGAAGCCUUAUUACAUGGAGCUCAUCAGCGAGUACUUCCCCAACCCUGUCAUCAAGUGGUAA